CGACGAGCGACGAGCAGAAAAUAAUCGCGAUCAAUCGGCCAUGUGCUGGGUCAAGAAACUGCGUGCCUACCGAUGCACGCACCCCGACUGCACCGCCAUCAUUCCGAGUCGCAAGGUCUACGUCAAGUGCUUCAAGAUCGAGGAGGCCAACCUGCCGUGGGGCUCGUGCCCGAGCGUGGCGUACGAGACGCGCGUUGUCGACACGCCCAAGGCCGAGCAGGCCAUGUCUCACCUCAAGUGUCCUGCCUGCGCCCGUCGUGCCCGCGAGUGGGGAACGAAGACCACGACGCAACUGGAGGAGUGGAUGGAGGACGUUGAAGCAGACCUGCGGGAGGAGCCGAGCCGGCGGCCGGCGCUGGAGAACGCCUUGGGUAUCGUCCGGGUGAAGAAAGAGGAGGAGGAAGACGAGGUGAAGGUAGUGAAAGAGGCGUUCAAGAGCGAGGCCAAGAAGAACCAGCCGGCCCAGCGGUUCAAGCAAGGGUGGAAGAAGGACUAUAAGGGGGUUGGAAAGUGGUAGUAGGACUCAGUGGCGCCAUCGGGCAUAGCU